AAUUUCUGCUUUGACUUCUUUGAUUACUGCAACAAAAUUCAGCGUGAUAAAGUCCCGUGCUUUCUAACUGUCGACGAAAUUUACGUCUGUUCUACUUUUUCUUUUAUUUCUUGCUUGAGAAUCUGCGAGCAUGGCGAAUGCCAUUUAUGUUAAACGACUCACUAGAGAACUUCGGGAUCUACAGCAGAAUGCACCCGUCGGUGUAACCGUAGAGGAGGCGGAUGACUUUGUGAGAUGGCGACUACGGAUACAAGGUGCGCCGAAAACACUGUAUGAGGGUGAAGAAUUCAAACUCGAGUUUCGGUUCACACCAUCGUACCCUAUGGAAGCUCCCGAAGUGUUAUUUGUAAAGCCAUAUAUUCCUGUUCACCCACAGAUCUAUUCCAACGGCCACAUCUGUAUCAAUAUUCUUUACAAAGACUGGUCACCUGUACAAACUGUAUCUCAAGUGUGUUUAUCCAUUCAAUCCAUGUUAUCCAGUUGCAGAAAGAAAGAACUUCCUCCUGAUAACGACUUAUAUAUUAAAAGUGCUAGUGCGUCACCGAAAAAAACGGCUUGGGCAUUCCAUGACGAAACUGUGUAAUAAAAGAAAUCACUGCUUUAAGUUAGAAUCGACAACGUUUAUUCAUCAACAUUCGAGUCAUAAUCCGGUCACCGCGCUUCUGACUAUUGAAUGCGCUAGAUAUACUUCUUACUUGUGAGAUGGAUCAGGAAUACAAAAU